UCUCUCUUUCUCUCUCUCUCUCUAACUCACAAAUCACAAUCCCCUUCUCUCUUCUCUUCUCUUCUAUGCGCUGAAAUUUCCAAAUUUUAAUUUUGAAAGCAGACCAGAGACUCAGACUCGCUCUGAGAGAAACUCAUUUUACAAAAACACACGGUCGGUGGGUGUGGGAGGGAUUGUUUGGAUUAGUUAUAAAAAAAAAUGGAUCCUUUGCCAGAGGAUUGGGAUUUUCUCAAUUAUAGCAUCUUCGACGAAAACCCUUCUUCUGAAUUCUGUUUGCCUAAUCACAGUAGUGGUGGCGUGGAAACUGAUUUAUCUUCUGGGGCCGUAGCACUGUCGCAGCAAGAGAAAGACGGCGCCGAAAUUGAGUCCUCACAGUCACGGAAGAGGGGCCGCAAUGAUUCAUACAGCAGGCCAGGAUCUAAAGCUUGUCGUGAGAAAUUGCGAAGGGAGAGAUUGAAUGACAGGUUUCUAGACUUGUGUUCUGUUUUGGAUCCUGAUAGACCGGUCAAAAUUGACAAGCACGCCAUACUGGAUGAUGCCAUCAGAGUUUUGAACCAACUAAGAUCAGAAUCUCAAGAGCUUAAAGAAACAAAUGAAAAACUAAAGGAAGAAAUAAAAAGUUUAAAGGCAGAGAAGCAUGAACUUCGUGAAGAGAAACUCAUGCUGAAGGCAGAUAAGGAAAGGAUGGAGCAGCAAUUGAAAGCUAUGGCCAUUCCACCAGCUGGGUUUAUGCCAGGCCAUCCAGCUGCAUAUCAUGCUGGGCCAAACAAGAUGCCAGUUUUUCCCAGCUAUGGUUUUGUCCCAAUGUGGCAAUACAUGCCUCCAAAUGCCCGAGAUACAUCUCAUGAUCAUGAGCUCAGGCCCCCUGCUGCAUAAUUAUUUGAUAUUGAUUUUAGAUGCUUUAUUUUACUACCAUUCACCAUUUUUGUUACCUGUUGACAUGUAUAUACGGCUGCUGUUUCAGUAUGCCUGGCAUUUAAAUUCAACUAUUAGCGAAUACAUGGCAGCAUUGGCAAAAUGUGCAGUUUGGCGGUCUUUAUUUUCCAAAUUCAAUCAUUUGAGUUGACUGUA